CUCAUCAGUUCCACAAUUUAUACAUUUUGUUUUGAAAUCAAGAAUUUACCCCAGAGGAUUUUUUUUUUUUGGUUAUAUACUGCAGUUUGUGUCGAAUUAACUUGUAAUUUAAAUAUUGACAGGAGAAGUCUGGUGUACAUCUGAGACUUGGUGGGUUAAGCAUGACAAGAGAAGCCUUGCUUGCCUGUGUCUUCCUCGCCAUCUGGACUUCGGUCAAGUCACAGGAAGGAGGACUACUCUAUCACUUUACUGGCACACAUGAGCACAAUGAUACGGGAACAUUUACAUCACCUAAUUUUCCAGACCGUUACCCGGGUGGGAUUUACAGGGUUGUAUAUCGUAUAGAGAACAGUGAUGGAGGCCAUAUUCAGCUUCUCUUCCACGAUUUUAUUCUCACUGAGUAUACACCCGACCACGUGCAAAUCCGUAAUGGACCAAACGACACAUCCGAGCUAUAUGGGACGUACCAUGGUGCAUCCCGACCCCCUGCAAUUGUGUCUAGUAGUUCGGAACUCUGGGUAGAAUUCCUCUCUGGCUCAAGAGAUUCAGAUUUCGCUGUAGGUUUCAAAGCAUCGUAUAAAUUUGUAGCCGAUGACGUAUGGGAAGAUAAACCUGAAGUAAUUGGCGAGUUCUACACUAGUCCCUCGCAUCUGUUAUUCAUCAAAGCAUUGGACAAUGAAGAUGCAAAUUUCGAUGUCAUAUGGAGCAUUAAAGCGCCAACCAGUCAUAAAGUGUGGGUUAGAUUUCAAAAUCUAACGCUGAGUUACAUCUCAACAACUCCAUCACUGGUUGCCAGGGAUGGAUUGACAUCUACCAGUCGACCUAUUGGAAACAUUGGGCUGGUGAACGGCGAAUACAGAAUAUUAUCAACUGGAAAUACCAUGUUUAUACGACUUGUAGCGACGUUGAAAUCCCGCGUGGACAUUGUCAAUGGCUUAUAUGUACAUUAUGUAAAAACGGAUCCUGACUAUCAGUGUCCACCGAACUACUUUCCUUGUCAAAAUGACGACAAGUGUAUUAAUAAUACGUUGGUAUGUGAUGGUGUAAAUCACUGUGGUGAUGGCAGUGAUGAAGCUAUGAUUGAACAAGGUGGUAGAUGCGGCAAGGAUGGUUUGGAAUGUCUAUGCUAUAAUGGUGGUUAUUGUGAUCAGACAUUAGGUAUCUGCAUUUGCCCAGAAAACUUUUACGGCAGUCAAUGUCAGUUCUAUUAUACAGAUGAUACUUAUGAAGAGAGUGAUAGUUAUUAUAUGGUGCUAUAUGUAUGUGGUGGAUUAAUUGGUCUGGUGCUAACAUGUAUGUGUAGUGUAGCCUUGUCUAAGAAACACCGAAGAGGAAGACAUAUGACAGCCAUUAGCGCAACAUCUACUGGACAAUCGGAUUAUCGUUCCUGGUUCCGCCAGUUUAGCACCGACACAGAACAUCUAGCAGACCCGGAGUUGUUCUACAUGGAUCCACCACCUCCUGCCUACUCCUUGUGCUUUACCGAGGGAUUCGUGGCACCUACAAAUACCGGGCGACCGGCUGCUAUUUCGCAACCAGACGUUCAAACCAGAGAAGAGGUGCCUGAAAAUGGUACUCCAGAAGAGCCACCGCCAGCUUACGAAGAGACGACAUCAGCGCCUAUGCUUCAAGAGACCAGAGAGGGCGCUAGCUCUGCGUCAAUUAAUAAUGAUCCAACUAUUAUUGAAAAUGCUAAUGAGAGUUCUGCCUAAACAACGGAGUUAACUCUCAAUACGUAUAAUGAUAGUAUUAGCAGUAACAUGACAUUAGCUACGGACAACUCCGUGAUAAAAUAUUAGGUUAUAAUAAAUGCGAUUACAAUUUUGUUUAGGCGUCGAUUAAUACAAAGUACACAUCUUAGUAUCCAAUCUUAAUUACAAUAGCCUGUAUUUCAGCAACACAGUUUUAUCAAGACCCCACGUUACAGAUCGACACUCUCCUGAAAUGUAAAUUGAUGAGUCUUUGUUUAACCUACAUUGGAAAUCAGUACUAUGAACAGUAUCUGUUCUGCAAACUUAAUCUUUAUUUUUAUAAUGCAUAAUAACUUACAUGAUGACAUGUCUAGUCCAUUGAAAUGUACCAUCUAGACACAAUACUACUGAACUAUUCGACUAUGCAUGCCUGUAUCAUGUUUGGUACUGUGUCAUGUUUGGUACUCAUAAACGAGUUUGCUAUUGUCGUGUAGUCUUUCUGUCUCGUCCUUCUCGGA